AUGGAUGGUAUUUGGGAAUUAGACGUCAAAAAUGCGCUCUACCUUAUCCGGGAGACAAACGACUGUGUGAACCAAUUCUCACGCAACAUCGAUGGCAAUGACAAACAAACGUACGGCACGAUCGUACGUGCUAAGCUGGAUGCAUUGCGAAAGACCAUCACAAACCUCGAGUUGACAUUGCGUGAUAUGGCAAGCAGCGCCGGCGCAGAAAGCACAUUGAUAUCUCGGAGACAUCAAUUUGACGAUAUAAAACGAUCGUAUCAACAAUUGGAAGGGGCUCUUAAUCACCCUGGUGGUAAUGUUCCCCUGUCCACCACGCAGCCGGCUUUUCAGCCACGCGAACUAGACCAAAUGUCAAAAUCCAGCCUUUAUGACUAUAGGCAAUCGGUUAUGCGUGCUCAAGAGGACGAGCUAGAGAUGCUUGACUCCACUGCUGGAGCAAUACAUAACAUAAGUACACAUAUCAGGGACGAGGUAGAUUACCAUUCGGGUCUUAUGACUGAUCUAGAGACUGCCAUGGAUUCUUCUCACGCCCAAAUUUUGAGCAACCGAGCAACAUUUGAGCAGCUGAUACGCCGUAGCAGUAAGCGCCGUCUGAUGUUCUACAUUGUAGUUCUGACGGUCAUUCUGGUGCUUAUACUUAUACUAUAG